UGAUGAAAGUUUCGCCUACAUAACAGAAUUCUUCAGUCAAAUACAAAGGCAGCAGUAGAAAUGAAACAGAGAUGAUGUAGUCAGUCCAUCAACCUUGAAGAAAAAGUGUUGUGUUAUCCCAGGUUCUCUACACAUGCUGCUAUGUAUGAUAAUUCUAUGUAACUUUGUGUAUACCUGAAUAAACUUACUUACAAGGUUGAUGAAUGACGCCCCUCAAGGAAGGUUCCUUGAUGCUGGUGAGAGGCUCUUGAUCUAGGAAACUGGAUCUGUGCUCCAGUUUCCUAAAUUAACCCUGAAUACCUUCCAUUUCCCCCCCCCCCCCAACAGGCGCUGUAUAAUCAUACGGGUUUAGCGCUUCCCCUUUAUAAUGAUAAUAAUAAUAAUGGAUGACUACAUCUCUGUUUCACUUCAACUGCUGCCUUUGUAUUUGAAGAAGUCUACUGUGUAGGCGAAAUGUUGAAUCAAUAAAGAUACCCAACUGUUGCACCUGUGUCUUAAUCUUUAACUUGUGGGUAUUUUCUAGCAUUUUGAGCAGCAACAGUGUCCAUCAUACAGGCUGAGUGAGAUGAGAAAAUAAAAAUGGAGGCAGCUCAUCAGCAGACGUUUGAAGAUUCUUACAAAUAUAAUGCUGUAUAUCCUUGUGGAGAGCUGACCAGUGAAAGAGCUUAUGUACUGCAACCUGACAGGGAAAGAAGAUAUUUUGUGAGGAUUACAGAGAAUGAAGAAAGGGAACCAGUGUCAGUUGUUAAGAAUAAUGAGACAAGUUGUGCUGAAGAAAGGGAACCAGUGUCAUUUGUUGAAAACGAAGAGGCAAGUGAUGGUGAAGAAAGAAGACCAGUGUCAGUCAGAAUUAAAACUACAACACAUCAUGAUGAUUAUGAGAACGUUGUGUCAGAAACAGGAGGACAUUCACACAGAAAGAGAGACUACUGUGAGAGAGAGAGAAAUACUG